CGUGAGUGUUGAAGGGCAUGUGGUCCCUUUGCUGAGUCGUACCUGCGUUGCCCAUUGUGCCACCGAGCUAGCGAAGGAUGAGCGACAAGUGGACGGAGAAGGAGCGGCUGGCCUUCAGCCAAUGGCUGCAUCGCACCUACCUCCCCACCGUCGUGGUCAUCGCAACGGAGCAGGCGCAGCGGACGAUGCGGGCCAACAACGACCUUUCCCUGGCGGACCUCUUCCAGCCCUUCGGCCAGUCGGAUGCCCGUGCGCCCGACGUGCAGUACCGAGUGCUGGAGCGGCCCAUGCGGACAGAGGCCUUCCGGGUCAAAUUUGUCGAUGUGGAGGAUGCAGUGCAGCCGAGGGCAGAGUGUGCCUUCCACGGCCUCAAGGAACUCGUCGAACCCACGUGGCCGCAGACAUUCGGGGAGGUGAGUAGGUCAUCUAGAUGACUUGACAGACAGACAGACUGACACCCACUGCACUGCCACACAGGCACACCACAGACACAUGAGAUGGAUGGUAUCUAUGUGAUGUGUGUAUAUGAUGCCAUCGAUGUGUUGUGUUCGUUCAGAACGACUCUUGCCCGCCGUGUCCGUGGUUUGAGCGUUGGUCAGAGAACCUCUUCCGCACCCUCCACUGGUCCGACCACGAGUGUCUCGACCAGCCCGUCGGGGCGGUGCUGGUUGUCUCCUCCCAAGACCCCGACCCCGUCAGCCUCUUCGAGCAGCUCAUGCACCCCUCCUAUAUGCCCGAGGCCUGCAGGGCCAACCUUCUCGACCCAUCACCCUCACGCACCUAUGUCCUGCUCCACGACGCGACUGCCGCGUCGGCCACGAGCGAGGGGGAGGUGGAGCGGGAGGUCCAUCGCAUGCGGCACACCUUCCCGCCGGCCUCCUGCCAUUUGCUGCGGGUCAAUCGCAACCCCGCCCCCCACCAGCCGUCACAGGACAUACAAGAGGUCUUCCGGCCCUACAUCAUGCCACGCUUCAAGACACCACCGCCGCAGACGCGCCAGGGCCAGCCGCCCCCUCCCCCACCUCCCAAGGGCCCCGCCGCGGCCCUCGGCCGGUCGCUGAGCCGCGAGGACCUGGAGGCCACCCUCGCCCUUGUGACGGACAUCAUCACACGAGGCGUGGUGCCGUGGAUGGAGCGCAAAGUGCGGCAGCUCGACACCCAGAUCGGCACGGCGCGCAAGGGGCUGCGGAACCAGCUCAAGUAUCUGUGGCGCAAGCCGCGAACGGGCCAGCAGGCGCAGGGCAACGAAGGGGUGGGCGAGAUCAUAUCGGCCGUGGGGAGCGCUGUGGCGGGGGCGGUGGGUGGGGUGGAUGGCGUCAGGGAGGAGGGAGGGCCGGAGCGGACAGGAAAUGCCACGUAUGAGGUAGGUGGGUUGGCACAACGGUAGACAGACAGACGGAUGCACGCCAGCCCAGCCAAUGCCACUGAGCAGACCAAGCAGGCCAAGAAUCUGUGUGUGUGCACUCACUGCAGACACAUACUGUGGAGAAUCAGCUGCGGCUGUUGGGUGACCUGUGCUUCCUGUUGCGCGACUAUGAGACGGCCCUGCUGCAGUACAAACAGUGCGCCGCUGACUUCAAGCACGACAAGAGCUGGAAGCACCUCGGUAGGGUAGGUUAGGUGGCCGGGCGGCCCCGCCCGGCCAGGCGACACACAUGGAAGAGUCGUCGAGAAUCGUUCUUGUGUGUGCAGGUGGUGCGUAUGAGAUGUGGGCUAUUGCCAAUUUCCUCACUGCGGCCCCGACGGCGCUCAACAAGCGGGAGAUCGAGUCGUGCCUCGAGCACGCUUAUAAGGCUUACCUCAGGGUAGGUCACCAUACACACACACACAGACACCCACACCCACACCCCAGGAGACACAAGGGAGUGAGUGAGUCUGCAGUGUAAGUGCGUUUGGAUCGACAGGCCGAGGCACCUCGUCAGGCCAUUCGGAGUGUGUUGGUGGCGACACGCCUGGCCGUGUACCUCGAUGGAGGCACCGAAGAGCCAUCCAAGAGGCUCAUGCAGGCAAGCUAAGCUAGCUAGACAACACACAUGACAAGGGUGACAAGGGUGACAAGGGUGGCUCAUCUCCAUGCCAUGUCGGUUGCUCCCUCCCUCCCAUCGAUUCAUCGGGUCCAUUCCACUGCAGGCCAACUCGGACAUCCAGUCGAUCUUUGGCGAGACAGCCGCCUCCAUCCCCCUGCGGCACGCUUUGCUGCUGGAGCAGGCGGCCUACCUGUACGCCAGGCCGGAGCUGGGCUCACGCUACUGGCGGAAGCUGACAUUCCACCUCAUACUCGCCGGACACACCUAUAACAAAGGGGGUAAGGAAGGCGGGCACAGGGAGAGAUGGCCGGCCGCCCAGGUCUUGACCGCUGUGUGUGUGUGUGUCUGUGUCUGUGUCUGUGUGGGUAGGUUACAAGGCCCUGGCGCUGCGUUGUUACAGCGUUGUGAGCCGCACUUAUUCGCGGAAGGGGUGGCUGCACAUCAACGACCACGUGCACUUCACAAUGGCCAGACAGGUCGGCACACACAUAACACAACACACGGCACACCAGACGUGUCGACAUCGAUCGCUUUACUGCCGCAUCUCUCUCUCUCUCUCUCUCUGAUUCUUACAUACAGUCGUUCUCUUUGGGUCUCAUCCGCCGAUCCCUGCAGCACUUCGCCACCGUCCUCAAUUCCUUCUCGGCCACUCACGAAGCAGCCACCCCCGCCCCGCCAGCACUCGCCCUCCCGGACACCCGCAGGCUGCUGCCGGUGCUCGAGGACGGUCCCCCUCUCGCAGAGGGCAUAUCGCAGCGCCGUGUGGUGAUCGAGUCGCGUGAGGAGACGUAUCUGAAGGAGUUUCUGUAUGUGGUUCGGACCUGGACGCUGAAGCAUCACGGUGGGGGCCACAAGGGGAGGGGGGCCGAGGGGAGUGGGGUGGUGAUGCCCAUGCUGGAUGUGAGGCUGCCUGUCGUACUCCAGAAGGACUCCAGGGGCAUGUGCACCAACAGGUACGGCACGCACUCAGACAGGCAGGCAGGCAGGCAUCACGCAGCCGACCCCGCCCACCCAGCACAGCACACACGCCCAUGCCAUGUGCUGUGCUAUGCUAUGCCUCACCUCACACAGCAUCGGUGUUGUCCUUGAGGGAGACGAGCUGAGUCAUCAGGACCAUCUGGCCUCCCUGGCACCCCACACCCACACCCACACCCAUCAGCAGCAGCCCUCCCCCUCCCCCUCCCCCCUCCCCCAGCCCACAGACGAGGCGACUCCCUUCGCCUUCAUCGCAGAGGAGGUGGGCGUGCCCGUCUCGCCUGACGACCAAAAGGAGCUCGCCUGCCUGGAGGCAAGGCUGCCGAUGCUCAUGCCCCCUCCGCCCAAAGGCGGGCCGCCCGGCCCCCCGGGGCUCAACGAGGUGCUCAGCGGGACCGUGUAUGAGACGCUGCAGCGGAUCACUGCCGUGGGUGCGCCAGUGGUGGUGGAGGCGCGGCUGAGCAACCCCUUGCAAGUGGAGAUGGAGUGCAUCAACUUGCGGCUGUUUGGCCGCAUGGAGGGGCCUGACGGGCAGCUCUCGCCGGGCGAGGGCGAGUCCGUGUCCGUGUCGGCCACGUCGGCCUCAUCGACCACCGACGGCGUCCGCCGGCUCGACGGCGAGUCUGGCGAUGGUAUGGCUAGCCGUGAGGGUGAGGUGGACUUCCCCACGAUGAGUUUGCGGCUGGAGGGCAAACAGACAGUGAGUGUGCGGCUGGCGGCCAUACCGCAGAACGAGGGCGUCUUGAGGAUAGAGGGCGUGGAGUGGGAGCUGUGGAGCCACCGUGCAGAGAGGGAAGAGGCGCCUGGGGGGCGGUUCCCCGUCCGCGUGAGGCAGAAGCUCCAUCUUCAUGGGCGGCCCAAGAGCAAGAAACGGUCAGCCUCCGCCCCGCCCCUGCCGUCCCCUCCCUCCUCUGCGUCCAUCGACGAGUCGGGCGAGCCCCUUGUGACGAUCGCGAAGUACCACCCUGACAAGAGACUGGAGCUGAGGGUGUCGGCCGACCUGCCGCGCGUGUCUUGCCAUUUUGAGGGCUUCCCCACCUCUCCCCUGCUGGCAGGCGAGUGCCACCCUUGCACCCUCAUCAUCGAGAACAGGGGGGCGCGGAAGCUCAGCAAGGUCCGUGUGGCGGCGUCGCAUCGUGACUUCAUCUUCUUCCCCCCUCCCCCGGUGCCCCGCACCCCUCCCGCCUCCUCGCCAUCGUCUGUCCGCCAGCCCCCCCGACCCGAGUCAGUCCCACAGCUGCUCAACAUCCCCCCUCCACGCCCAUCUGUCCGGCUCUCGCGGUCGAUGGCCUCCCAGGCGUCAGGCAGCCGGCGAUCGAGUCUGCCGCCCGUCACAGAGGGGUGGGCGUCCCAUGUGGCCGUCAGCGAUGAGUCCAUCAGCAGUGGGGGCACCUUCGCCAUUCCCUGUCUGGUGCGUGGCUCGGCUGCCGGCGUCCACCGUCUCCGGAUAUGUGUGUGCGCCGAGGGGGAGCAGCUGCAGCAGGCUGUUGUGGCUGGCGAGGGUGAGGGGGCGGAGGGGGAGGGAAAGGGCAGCGACCAGAUGUCGGUGCUGAGCACUGAGGGGUCUGCCUUGCCAUCCUCCCCCUCUCCCUCCCCGUCGGCAGAGGCCAGUCCCAGGCCGCAGGUUGGUGGGGCUGAUGUGAUGCGCAAAUGGAUCGUUCUCGAGAAGGUGCUCGAGGUCAGGCCGUCCAUCGUCGUCAGCGUCCAACAAGUAAGUAACACACAUCACAUGCCAUGCAUCCCACACGCAGGGCAUACACAGCACAGCACCACUUUUUCCCUGCUCUGUGUGUGUGUGUUCAGCACGCGUCUUGGCGCAAGCCUGGCCGUUUUGUGCUCGAGUGCAACAUCGAGAACGCCAGUUCCCACGUGAUAGCGGUGCAGAAGGUGCAGGCCCUCAUCCCCCAGCCAGGCCUGCCGCAGGGCGACGCAGCCACGGCCCCCCUCCCCGGCCACGACACCCCCAUCCCCUACCAGCCUGUCAUCCUCGAGCCAUGCAUCCCCGUUGAGCAGAGGAGCCUCCACAUCUUCCCCUCCCAGGCCACACACCUCCUUUACGCCUACCACCCCCCCACAGCAACACACACACAUACCGAUGCCCACCAUCACCACGGCAAGGCGGCCAGGAGGUGGCAGGGCGAGACGGGCGAAUCGUCAUCAUCCGAUGAGGAAGCAGCGUCGGACAACGGGAUGCGGAUCGUCCCCUACUCGGCCCCCUCGUCGCCUGAGCACCGGCCGAGGGCGCCAGGGGACGACUCACAGGUUGCCGUGCGGCAGGUGCGCCUGAAGGCCCCUCCCUAUGACGCGUGGCAGGAGCAAAUCGUCAAGGUGGCGCGGCGUGCGAAUCUCGAGAGGAAGUGGGGCCGCGGCAGCAGGAGGCGGCAGAGGGGCGGCCGCAGCAGGUCUCCCGAGGGGAUGCGGGUGGGGCCGGGAAGGAGGGCCAGGGGAAAGAGCCCUGGUCCCAAUGGGGAGCCCUCUGUGCAUGGGUGAGGGAGGGAGGGAGGCAGGAAGGAAGGGUACACUACACAGCAAAGGUGGACACAGGGUGGGUGGAAGUCGGCGUGUGUCUGUGGUGUGGUGUGGUGUGGUGUGUGAAUGUGUGGUGCAGUGGUCAGCACAUGGACAUUAUCGUCGAGUGGCGGGCGACCGAGACGGAGCGAAGAGGCGACACCUUCCUAUUCCACGUGAACGCUCUCACUGACACACUGAUUGAUUGAUUUGCCGCAAACAAACGUUUAUCACUCAUGCGCACCUCCUCCCUCCCUCCCUCCCUCCCUCUGGCCUGGCAAUGUCGGUCGGUCGGUCGGUUGUGUGUGUGAUGCAUCGAUAUCUAUGAUCAGGUCCCUCUGUAUGUGCCAGCUGAAGGCUGUCCUCUCAAGUUCCAGAUCUGCCCCACCCAGACAGUGCUGCCCUUCUGCCCCUCCCCGCCACCUCCCCCGCCCACCACACCUUUCGCACCCCCUCAGUCGCCCGUCCCCGCCACCUUGUUGCCCGUCCAUCUCUACAUCCAGAACGUCUCCCCCGACCACUCAGUGACCUUCCAGCUCGAGGCCGACGAGCCGGCAGCGGCGUACGUCACGCCUCUGCACAUGAGCCCUCAGCUCAACAUGCGGUGGACGAGCGAGAUGCCCUUCUUCAGCCAGCCGCAGGCCCUCCUGCCCUCCUACAUGCGGCAGCCGCCCGCCGGGCCCUUCUGGGAGGGCGGGGCGGUCACGCGGCGAGUGGACAAUCUCCCUCCCGGGCACACCGUCGACUACGGCCUGGUGGCCCGCUUCUCGCGGCCUGGCGUGUACAACCUCAACAAGUUUCGCUUUGUGGUCCACGAGGUGCGUUCGGUGGCCGCUGCUGCUGUGGCUGUGGCUGCGGGUGGGGGCGAUGUGGCUAUGACGGGCGGUGAGGGCAAGGCGUUUGCCUUUCCGUUUGAGUCGCUGGUGUGGGUGUACAGUGAGAGUGAGAGGGAGGCGGGGGAGGAGGCCGCCAUGCGGACACAGGAACCGCCACCAGAGCGGACCUCGUGAAUGAGCGAAUGAACACUCAUUAGCGCCGUGAUGCCAGUGAGUGAGUGACAGAGACAGACACGAGAGAAAUUUGUGGGUAUCUAUCCGAGAGUCUGUCUGUGGUUGGUUCCUCACGAGAGGUGUCUGACGGCCUGAGUUGAGGUGGCAAUUGUGAGAUUGGGCAUGGAUGGCCAUAUCCUGUGUGCGCUGUGUGUGGUCCGGGUGCUCCAUUCGGCCUGAUCUGACCAGAUGGCCGUGCAUAGCAUAGCGUGAGAUGAGAUGAAAUGAAUGACUGCAUCACAUCAACCAUACGCGUG